GCCUCCAGAGGCACAUUGAGAAAACAGUCUUUGUCUUCUUUGGUUUUACGUCAGCAUUCAUUUUUGUUCUGUGGCAUCACAUAUAUAUAUGUGUGUGUGUGUUUAACAUGUAGGAUAGUGGUGACUUAUUUCUACAGACAUAUUCUGGGAAAACUGCAGUUCUCUUGUCUUUUGUCUAAACAUUGAGGAAGUUGGUUUAUUUUUUUUAUAUGUUUUGUUUUUGUUGUUGUUUUCCAGUUCUGUAUGCAACCUGGAAAUAAAAACAACUGUUUUGCUCUGCUAUUUAAAAAGUCCAGGUGGCAUGCUAUACAAGAUCAGAGUAUGUUUGUAAAUAAAGUAUUAGUCUCCUCUAUAGUGAAGAGACUACUGAUAAACUUCUGGGUUGCAAGAGGAAAGCAUAUGUGGUUUCAACAGGUGACUGAAUUGUAUGUUUAGUGGUUUUUACAGAUAGUCAUACAGAGCUGAAGAAUCACAAGUUGAAAUGAGUAACCAAGAGGCUGAUGUUCUACUUUGCUGGAGAUGUAGAAAAUAUAUAGCAAAUUCUGUUUGCCUUGCAAAAUGUCAUGGAAAAGAACCAUCCAAAACAUCACAACCUUCAGCUGCUGCUCAGGAGUCUUGCAAUGUAUGGCAUGUGAACUUAGAAGCUAUUCCAGAGUGGGUGAAAUGUGUCAUUGAAAAGACACAGUGGACAAUUGGAAAACUGCACUGUCCGUUCUGCGAGGCCUGUUUAGGGGGCUUUAACUUUGUUUGCAACACAAAAUGUUCCUGUGGACAGGUAGUAAAUAUACAUUUCUGCAAAAGUCAGACUGACUAUCAGCCAGCUUUCUCUGUUAAAUUGGCAAAAUCAUCAGCAAAACACUUACCUCUCCUCAAAAUUCAGUCUGGUUUUGGCAAGGAUACCUGCCAUGAAGUGGUAACUGCAGCUUUGGAAAUCAAAAAUCAAGGGCUUUCAUACAUGGCCAGAAAUAACAAUGGCACUGGAAGAUUAACAGAAGCACUUUGUCUGGAAGUAAGAGCUCCCAGAUUUGAGGUGAAAAGUAAAAAAGUUCCCUUAAAGACAUUAAAUCCAAACCCAAAUCUUUCUGCUUCCUAUCCUAUGAAUGGUGCAUGCACUGUAAAACCUUUUCACAGAAGAUCACAUAGUUUGGAUUUAAAUAUCAGAGAGAGACUUGUUUUGUCACCUGUGUUACAUGAAACUUGCAGUAUGGGAACAAUUUACCGUGGCCAAAAUGGAAAUCCACCUGCUUACGCACAAAGUGGCUUGCAAUUAGAGUCCAAUAGGAAAGAUGGUAGUUCUUUUCAGGACCUAUAUAGUUCCAGUGCUGACAAACUACAAAAAAGGUUUCGAGUUACUUCCUUUACCACAUUAGUACAUAGAGAAGCAGAAAGUGAGUGUGAUUUUGAAGCUACUGGACAAUCUUCUGGGAGUGCCAUUGCUGAUGGGUCACCUUUUGUGAUGAACCUUUCUUCACCUACAAGUGUUGUAGAAGAGGAAAAAUACAUCACACCUGUUGGUCUUGUGCAGCCUACAAGUAUUUCCUUCAACCAAAAGCUGAGUAAGAGAGAAAGAAACAAGUUGAAAAGCUUGAGGAGAAAACAAAGGCGGCGACAACGGUGGCUACAGAAGCAAACUGCAAGUGAUAACCUGCAUACAGAUGAUGAGUGUGAACUCAGAGGAGAUAAAGAAAGCUAUCUCUGUGCAGUGUGCCUGGAUGUUUAUUUCAAUCCUUACAUGUGCUAUCCAUGCCACCAUAUCUUUUGUGAACCUUGCUUAAGGAUGCUUGCCAAAGACAAUCCAGCCAGCACUCCAUGUCCACUGUGUCGCGCUACAAUUGCCAGAGUCUUUUUCCAAACAGAACUGAACAACUCUACCAAAUCUUUUUUCCCUACGGAAUAUUUGAAGUUAAAAGAAAAUUUUCAAAAAUCAAAUUCUGCAAAAUGGCCUCUACCAAGCUGCAAGAAAGCCUUCAGAGUUUUUGAAGCAGGUUUUCAAAGACGCUCAGAUACUGUAACCAGGAGGCAUUUCCCACAUGCUGCUCACAGGAUGGACUACAUGGACUUUGAGGAUGAUAGCCGUGGAUGGCGGUUUGAUAUGGAUAUGGUGAUAAUCUACAUUUAUUCAGUGAACUGGGUAAUUGGAUUUAUUGUGUUCUGUUUUCUUUGUUAUUUCUUUUUCCCUUUUUAGUCUGUAGUAAUCACAGUUAAAGAAAACAGCAGUUACACGAACCACAAUAAUGUGAAUAGAAAAAACUUGAAGAAGGCAAAAUGUUUGUUUGAUACUGCAUUUAUCAUUCAUAAUUGUAAUAGACUGCAUCAAGCAUGCUGUGAGGCUAUUUGAUACUUCUGCUGUGUGUAACAAAGUACUUGAGUUUGGUUCCAAAUACAAUGUGAAAUCCAGAUCAUACUUCAUUCAGUGCGGGUUCUGCCUUGAUUUUGGUAGGAACAGGAUUUACCCCUAAUGUAUAAAAUAAUUACUCUCUAGAAAUAUAGAAUACUGCUUGUUCUUAGGGGAGUUCUGUGUACUACAACAGAAUAUGACCCACAGAGUCAUUUUGGGGUUCGAGUCUAUGUUGAUACACUUUGCUCACUCAUUGGUGCUUCGACUCCUCAUAUACAAAAGCAAUAAAGAUGCCUCCCAUUUAUAGUGAGAUCUUUGGGGAAUGGGAGAUUAUAAGCACUGCAGUGCUGCACCAUGCAUUAUAUAGACAUUCAUCAGAGCUAUUUCAAUGGUAUAAUCCAAAUCCUGGAAAAUUCUGACAAUUGAUAGACCUGUCAGCAUUCUACUGUGGAGAUGUGCUGUACUCAGUGCCUGAAAUUUUGAGCCUAUUAACCAAAAAGAGAAAUGAUACUGCACAGUGUGCUGACAGUUCAUCUUUUCAGCAAAUGGCAAUCAGAAUGAACCAACUAAUAACCCCAACUUCUGCACAUUAAAGGGACCAUUUUUGUGCAGAUUCCCAGAGUAGCACUGUACCUUUCUUUACCCAUCCAGAUGAGUGUGUUUGCAUCCAGCAAGACAGCUAAUGGAGGGCAAGCAGCAGGCCUGCUGGCUAUGACACUGUGAGACACUAACCCCAGAAAAUACUGGAGAUAGAAGCAUUCUCCAGUGUAAGAAAACAGUGUCAUUAUUAAAUUGGUGUAACAAUUUGGGGAUACUCUCAAGUGUGGGCUCACGAGGACUAUGUGUCUCCGGGGGGAUCACAUAAGAGGACACAGUAUUUAUUUGCACCUUUCAUAUGAAACAAUUCUAAAGCACUUUAUAGUUAUUCUAUAUAUAGAUUGCUGAGUUACAGUACCAAACUGCAGCCAGUUCAGCGAUCAUUCCAUACAUGCUGCUUUACAUGGUAUUUUCAAAUUAAAGUGAAAGAGCUUCUAUUAAAUUAUAAGAAGGAUAUUAGAAACUAUUGUGGGAAUCAGGUGCUGAAGAAUGGUACAAGGUAGUUCAGAGGCUUACUUUUCAGGAAGGUACAAGGAAGUUUUAUUUCUAAGGGCAUGACCCUGCAAAGUACACUGUGGUUUCAUCUAGAAAAGUAUGUGAGUAUAUGUAUGUAGUCCCUCUGGUAUCAGGAUUUGUGUGGGAGACCUGUGGUUUUUCAGUAGGUGGUGUACUCCCCUGUUCUAGCAGAGAACAAGGAGAAAUGUGUUGUGGAAGGUGCCAUCUGCCAAAUGUGGUGGAAUGGAAUGGAAUGGAUUCAGGGUUUUAUUAAGCGUGUGCUUGUGCUUCUUUACUGGAGUAGGGCCAGCAUGGUCAGUCUGUUAUAGGCUAUAAAGUGAUCAGGACCAGAAACUUUCACUUAAUCUGAAAAACAGCAGUAAAUCAUCUACUAAUAUUUAGUUUUCUUACAGGCUGCAUAAAAUAAUCUCUUUGAGAAUAUAUGUGUAGAAUUAAAAGUUACAAGUCUAACUACAUUGAUUGGACUAAAUAACUUUUGCCAUCUUUAUGCAAAUUUAAGGAGCUAUAAUAAUUGAAAUUCACCAUAACCAACCUCAUGGUUGCAACAGAGAUGCAUUUGCUGUAAUUACAGUAUAUGUAGUUACUUUGUCUCUACCUAAAGGUGAUUGGCUCUAUUACUGGUGGCAUUAGGCAUAACGUUUUAAAAGCUUUAAGGUUGUAGUAAAGCACUUGGUGAAUUUCCCUCUCUAUAUUGAUACGAACAAGUCUUUUAAAAGCUAGGGUUUUUAGGUCAUAGGCUCAUGUUUACUACAUGCAGAUGUGUAGGUCUGUAUGCUCAAACAUUACCAAUAAUUUUAAACAUUUUUCUUAUCUAUGCCAGAAAUAGGUUCUAACUGCAAUUUUUGUCUCUGUAAUCUUAUUAAUUUACUGCUCCUAUCUCAGCAAUGAGAGGGACUGAUCAACCUGUUAAGACAAAAUUGCUUCUACCUUUCAGUCUCAGAAAAUACUAAAAUAAAAAGAUAUCAUCAAAAAAUUACUUUAACUUUGCUGACAUAAUCUGAAAUUCCCGUAAUAAUGUAAUUUAAAAUUAUUUUACCAGGGUAUCUGAUAGAGCAAUAUCCUUAAAUAAAUAUUCCAAAAUAUAUUGAGACAUAAGAAACAUAAUAUAGAUACUAUUUAUAUAAGAAAGAGUUACUUACAUCAUUUUUAAUAGCAUGUUACCGUGGUCUUAUUCUGAAAAAUGCAACAAAGGAGGGUAAAAAAUCCAAGGUAAUAUUGGCCUCUUUUGUACAUUUACAGCAAGAAUUGAUGACUGAGGGUGGCUGCAUUUUCUUAAAUUUAGUAGGAGUGACAAUUUUGUAUGACAUUUCUAACUGUGUAACUCUACCUUUCUUCAAGGCCUAAACAAUAAACUGUUUCUUGGGCUA